CUGUAAUCUUACAGACAGUAGAAAGUAUUCAAAGACAUAUUUGGUACGAUGCGAGUAGCCCUAAAAGGCAAAGACUCUACUGAAGAACCAAAGUCAACUGAUGAGGGGCCGGGAAGGAUGUUGUCUGCAGGUCCUGCACCUACAUCAGAGCAAGAGGAAGGAGCUGACAUCGACAAUGUGAAGUGUGUGUUGCAAGCUGAACAUGAAGAGGUUCAAAACCGGACUUUCACAAACUGGGUUAAUGCACAACUGGCAAAGCACGAGACCCCAUCUGCCAUUCGGGACUUGUUCCAGGAUCUUCAGGAUGGACACAGGCUCUUGGAUUUACUGGAGGUUCUCUCAGGACAGCAGAUGGUACGUGAGAGAACUCAGUCCAAUCCUAUUCACUGGAGGAGCAACAUCACAACUGCUCUCAAUUUUUUAAGGAGUAAAUCGGUAAAGUUGGUGAACAUUAAUGUUCCAGACAUUGUGAAUGGGAAACCUACCAUCAUCUUGGGGCUGAUUUGGUCCCUUAUAGUAUAUUUCCAGGUUGAGAAACUUACUAGUGGUCUCGCAUCGAGGCAGAGCCUUGUGGAGCCUUCACCUGCUUUGAAUUCCUCACCGGCAGCAUUAUCCCCGCAGAGAGGGGAAGCGCCGAUCCAUUUAGGAAAGAAAAUGUCAGCAAGAACAUCUUUACUGCAGUGGGUUCAGGAAAAAACAGAGGCCCUGGGAUUCACUGUCCAAGAUUUCAGCUCCAGUUGGAGAAAUGGCUUGGCUUUUGUUGCCAUUAUUAAUGCUCUCCGACCUGGCCUGCUGGAUCUGCAGGAACUCAAGCAGAGGCCGGACAUGGAGAAUCUGGAAAUGGCGUUCAAAGUUGCAGAACAGGAGCUGAAAAUCCCCAGGCUACUGGAAGCAAAGGAUGUUGCCGUUAGCAAUCCUGAUGAGAAAUCAAUAAUAACCUACAUUUCACAAUUCCUGCAGUAUUCCAAGGAGCAUGCAGAAGCCGAGGAAGCAGUGGGCACUGAAGCACUAGGUGCCAAACCAGCCCAAGUGGAUGAGGGCUCAGUGUCAGAAGCUGAUGUCAAGAGGGACUUUGAUGUAUCGAGAAGACAGAUCGAAGCGUGCAUCGAGGGAGCCAUGCAGUUUCUUAAGGACAGAGGCUCCCCACAGGAACUCAUUGUGAAGCAUCAGGAAACAAUCAGGAGAUUUGAUUCUGGGAUCUAUGAACGUUUUCUUGAAGCAACAGAUAAAAUCAAAGUUAUUUUAACUCCUGAGAAGAAGCGAAUUGUUGACGAAAUGCAGGCGGAGCUCUGCCAAAACUGGGAGAAAGUGCGCUCAUUGGUUGAUUUACAUCUGCAUCAGAUGAAGUCUGAGGUGGAGCAGAAUAAAUUCAAUGUGGCCCAUCAGGAGUGUGAAGCCCAGCUGGGAAUGGUCAGCUCCCACCUACAGCCCUGUCUCGAAGCGCACCAGGUGGGCACUGAAGCACUAGGUGCCAAACCAGCCCAAGUGGAUGAGGGCUCAGUGUCAGAAGCUGAUGUCAAGAGGGACUUUGAUGUAUCGAGAAGACAGAUCGAAGCGUGCAUCGAGGGAGCCAUGCAGUUUCUUAAGGACAGAGGCUCCCCACAGGAACUCAUUGUGAAGCAUCAGGAAACAAUCAGGAGAUUUGAUUCUGGGAUCUAUGAACGUUUUCUUGAAGCAACAGAUAAAAUCAAAGUUAUUUUAACUCCUGAGAAGAAGCGAAUUGUUGACGAAAUGCAGGCGGAGCUCUGCCAAAACUGGGAGAAAGUGCGCUCAUUGGUUGAUUUACAUCUGCAUCAGAUGAAGUCUGAGGUGGAGCAGAAUAAAUUCAAUGUGGCCCAUCAGGAGUGUGAAGCCCAGCUGGGAAUGGUCAGCUCCCACCUACAGCCCUGUCUCGAAGCGCACCAGGUGGGCACUGAAGCACUAGGUGCCAAACCAGCCCAAGUGGAUGAGGGCUCAGUGUCAGAAGCUGAUGUCAAGAGGGACUUUGAUGUAUCGAGAAGACAGAUCGAAGCGUGCAUCGAGGGAGCCAUGCAGUUUCUUAAGGACAGAGGCUCCCCACAGGAACUCAUUGUGAAGCAUCAGGAAACAAUCAGGAGAUUUGAUUCUGGGAUCUAUGAACGUUUUCUUGAAGCAACAGAUAAAAUCAAAGUUAUUUUAACUCCUGAGAAGAAGCGAAUUGUUGACGAAAUGCAGGCGGAGCUCUGCCAAAACUGGGAGAAAGUGCGCUCAUUGGUUGAUUUACAUCUGCAUCAGAUGAAGUCUGAGGUGGAGCAGAAUAAAUUCAAUGUGGCCCAUCAGGAGUGUGAAGCCCAGCUGGGAAUGGUCAGCUCCCACCUACAGCCCUGUCUCGAAGCGCACCAGAUGUUCUUUUCUGAAGGCAGCAGUUUGGCUCAAGAACAACACCUGGUAGCGAUGAGGCAACUGCGUGAUGGCAACGCUGAUGCUGAAGCUAAUGCCACGCUGCAGUCCUGUGAGGAUUGUGGGAAUGAGCUGAAUGAAUGGCUCUGUAAACUUAAUUCGUGGCCCCAGGACCCAGUCCGGUCACCAGGGACAGGGGAAUUGCAGACCAACUGUCAAACUGAAGCUGAUCUGACUGAAGCUGCAACAAGAAACGGACCCUCUCAAUGGGCAGGAAGGGGAGCGGAUCAGGCUGAUGACCUGGGGAGUGAGGAUUCACCUGAGCCUGUGACAGAGGUAGCUCAGGCUUUCACACAGCACAGAGCAGCGGAACACAGAAGCAACAUCCUGGCUGAUACUGAAGCAAAUAAAAUUCCUGGACCAUGCACAGAGUGGAUUGGAAUUGAAGACUUUGGCAGGGAAGGGCAAACUCAAUCAAUCCAAGGGACUCUAAGUAGGAAUCUGCAGAGGGACUGGUUACAAAGAGGGGCCUGUCUGCCUGAUGGAGAGUCUCCUGCUACUAUGAAAGGAGAAUGUCCUGGUCAGCAGUACGGCGUAUAUCAGAGACUGGACACUGACCCUCCUGAUGUGAACUCUGCUCGAUUACUGAUGCAGUCUUCAACGAGUGAGGGUCAGAGCCCUGACCAGCCAAUGGGCAGUCAUGCUCACUUAGUGCCAAUUUCUUCCAGAAGCCAAGCUGCUGCCAACGAUCCUGGUCAAGCAGCCAAAUAUCUCCUGAUGGGAAAACGUGAGAUGGAAAUGUUUCCAAAAGUGGACGUCACUCACUUGGGGGAAGAGCUGCUGAGUGGCCAAGGCAAAGGGGAGACCACACACAUGGGAAGGUCAGGGCUGUCAGUUUCAGCAUUUCCCAGUGAGCAGCACCAGGAUGGCCCACCAACAGAUGGCUGCUUCACUCAGUCACAGAGAGGGAGCUCAGGGCAGAAUGUCCUGGUCACAGCUCUAGCAGAGAAACCCGCUCCAGAGACCUUUAUGGUUCUCAGUGUGGAGCAGCAGGCUAAGCAUCAACAAACAGAGGCAGUUGUUGAAUUGGGCAAAGAGUGUCUUACUGAAGAUCUCAGUGUGACAGGAAGAGAUCGGUGUGAAGACCCCCCUCUGUGUGUGAAAGUGUGCCUGUGUGAACAAGGACGAGUUGACAAACCAACUGGACACGCAGUUUUGAAAUGGCCAGUAGCAGCUCGGGACCAAUCACACAUCACUGACACUCGAGAGAGAUUAUUUGGUAGAAAACAGGAUGAAAGCCUCACGUUAUGUGACAAAGAAUCGCUGACUGGAGCAGAUCAGACAGAUCCCAGCACGAUGAAAGAUUCAGUAGACCUCGAUGGAGCGAUACAGAGGGAGCAGGAGCAGGCAGGAGAGGGUCAGAGUGAAGGAAACCAAACCCGAAUCAGAGAGUUACCUGCUUACGGUAACCCAGCGUUUGUGACUGAUCAAGAGCGCACAAUCUCUGCACCAACAGAAAGUACAGUUCAACACACAAAAGAGUAUUCCAGUGGAGAAGACCAGGCUUAUGGCCUACCUUUGGAGGGCAUUCAGAAAUCACCAACAGUCUCUGUGAGUGAAAUGGAAUUCACUAGAGAUGAAUCAAGACAAAGUCCCGCACAAUUAUCAACAUCAUCUCCAGUUAGAGAAGACAGGCCUGGCUAUCAAACAAAGGAGAGCUCUGGUCAGUUUUCAGAACUGGUCCUGAGUAGUAGAGACAUUGACGUUAGUGACCUCCCAGGAGAGAAUUCUGGGCAGUUACUCCCAGCCUCUCUCAGUGAAGAGGAAACCCACGCUGACCUGACAACAGAAGACUCAGCUCAAUCUGGAAGAGAGUGUUUGAGGGAGAAAGAGCUGAACGUGCUUGAGGCAGAGAGUAUUCCUCGCUCAGAGGCAGAGCUUCGAUCAGGGAAAGUACAGACAUUGGGCCCACAUGGAAUAGACUCUACAGAAUGUCAGAGGGAGGGAGAACAUGGCGAUAGGAUGGCCACAGGGUCUUCUGCCCCUUUGAUGACCAUGAGUCUAAGUGCACAACUCCAGGGUGACAGCCCGGCCAUGGAGGAUUCAGCAGCACAGUCAGUAGAGUGUCUGAGUGAGAGAGGUCAGGCUGAUGGCCCAGUGAGUGAUGUCUCUCCUGGAGCAGUGACAGAACCACCGAGUGGGGAGAAACAAACUGAGAUCGCAAUAGCUCAGGAUGCUGUGUGUUUGGUGAGAGCGACAGAGGGCCAAGCUGAGGAGAUCCAAGAGAGUAUGAGUGUUGGAAAAUUGGGUGAAGACCUCACUGUGUUUGAGGAGGAAUCGCUGAUUGGAACAGAUCAGACUGAUCCCAGCAAUAUGAAAGAUUCUGUGAAUGUGGAAGAAAUGAGGGAACAGAAACUGACAAAGGGGCCUGGACAAGGAGCAAUGGCUGAUAUGGAUGAGGCAUUUGGCCUCCCGAAAGAGGAUUCUGACCGGUUACCUAUCAGUGUAAAACGUGAAGACCUCACUCUGCCUGAUGGAAGGCCUGUAACUGGAGCAGAACAGACCAUUACCUGCAGCAAUGUGUAUUCACUAGACUGGGAAAGGCUGAAACUGAGGGAACAUGAGCAGACUGGUGGCCCAGGGAAAGCUGUGGCCAAUUUUCCUGAAGCAGAAGGUUUGACUGAGAGAGCGCAGGCUGUUACUCUGCUGAGUGUGGAUUCCGAACCAUCACAAGAGUCUCUUUUUAUUCACAAUGGUGCCCAGGCCGUCAUUCCAUCAGAAGAAAUGUUUCUCCGUGAACCACCUGUUGCCCCUGAGUAUGGAACGUCGAUGUGUUUCGUGGGAGAGCCAUGGAGCCAGGAGGAGGAAGAAAGGGCAGAUUUUGCUGAGUCAGCAGUGCUGUUUCAAAUCGCAGACCAUCAGACCACAAUCCCAGAGAGACAUGUCUUUCCGCGCAGAACACAGGUGCCUCAGAGAUCCAAAGAAAUGGAAGAUUCUGCCCAAUCGGUGAGUUCCUCUUCAAAUCCAGAGAGACAGCUACCAGCUGAUUCUGCAGAGACACUUGUCACAACAUUUUGUGGAGACCACGCAACACAAGAUGAAGGUGUGCUGAUGGGAAAGGAGUCUGUGAUGACUCCGAAAUGGCCACUUGGCAAUUUUUCCCAGCCACAAGUGGAAUAUUUAGCUCAGAGUAACUUGGCGGGAGACACAAUGAGGGAGGAUUUCUGGAAACCAGCACACAGGACUGAACAGGAGUUGGCGGGAGCUCUGACCUCGAGCUUGGUGGACCCCGGUGAAAAGGGGCAACAAGAUAAUGGGACUCAAGAGGAGGAAGACCAAAGCACAGCAGACAUUGGAAGACAGGACCACAAUAUAAAUACAAGGAAUGAGCUUUCUGAAAGAGACAGCUCCCUGAGGAUCGCCUUCACUGCACUGGAAUCAGUGGAGAAACAGAUUCUGUCAUUACACAGCUCGCUGCUGGAGUUUCAAAACAAGCCAAAAGUCCUGACAGGAUUCAACAUAAAGCAUGAGCCUGAACUACAGAUGCUGAAAAAUCUUCAAGCUCAGGUUAAGUCCCAGACUGGAAGCUGCGAAGACCUGCAGAGCAGACUGAGUGAGACCAACAUUGUGUUAGAGCCGAUGGAUCAGUGUGCAGUGUCUGCUGUAGCUACUGGUCACAUCCAACGGUGUCAGGAGAUCGGCGCAGCAGCACAGCUCACUGAGGAGGCUCUGCUCACUCUUGUGGAGUUCCUGCAGUUAUUACGACAAGAGGGAGCAUCGCAGGAUGGUUGGCCUAGGUCAGAGGAGGAGGAGGAGACCAGGCUGCUCCAGGAUAGAGCUCUGGAGUUAGACAAGACCUUGGCUGCAGUGAAGAUUUGCCUGGUGGAUGGCAGUUCUGGUGAGAGGACUUGCUGCCUGGAUCUAGUUUCAUCACUGGGAUUAGAAGCUGCCAAGCUGGGACUGGGAAGGCAGCCUGGAGUGACCCAAGAAGAGUUACAUCAAGCAUUCUGCACAAGGCAAAGCCAUUUCAUCAAAGAUGUGCAGGAAAUUGAAAAGAGAGCUGGAGCACUUUGGUUAAGUGAAGCUACAUUCCCUGGAGUGCAGUGGAGGCUGCGGUCUCUAAAUGAUCUGGACACUGAACUGAAAUCAAAAGCAUCCGAGCUGAGAUGCCUGAUGGAGCAGCUGACUGUAGUGAAUCCUGCUCUCACAGAAGAGGCCCAGGAGCUUCUGUCCAUAGCACAACAUGUCUUUGAAGAGACAGAGAGGAAUAUCCAUGAUAGGCAGGACCAAUGCCACGUGCUAAUGGCCUUUCUGAGGGAGUAUCAAAACUACAAGAAGGAACUGACAGCUACGAUUCAGAAAGGAGCAGCUGUCCUUCCAGGGCACACAUCUUACAUGGGAAAGGGAAAGCUGCAAAGGCUAAAGAGUGAUAUUAAUGACGUAAAACGAGAGUUCGACAGCCAGCAGGGGAAAGUGGAUAAAUUGAGAAAGGUUUGUCGCCAUCUGCAGUCAGAGCUGAAGAAAGUUAUGAAUUGCAAUUCCUUACCGUUCCAGGCCGAAGCAGAGAAUCUGUUGGAUCAAUGGUUGGAUGAGUCAGAGAGACUGGACACCUACAGCUGUAACUUGGAGCAAGCCCUGAGCCUAUGGGAAGAUGUAAGUGAGGGUCGCUCACGGCUGCAAGAGGGUGUGAAAGGCAGGUUAGAGGCUCAGAGGAUGAGUGCGAGCGCACAGGAGCUCACAAUGCUAGAGGAUGAGAUUCUGUCCCAGGAGAAGGAGAUGCAGAGUUUCCAGGAGAAAGCAGUGAGAAUUCAGGAGCUGCUUGGUUGGGAAGAAAUCCCGCUGGAAUUGCAGGUGGAGUCUACAGUGAAGAAGAGAAUAGAACAGGUGAAACACACCAACAAACAGCCCAAUACCAUGGACAAGGAGACAACUGCACAUCUCGGCCACUCAGCAGCCAAGCAUGAACCAGCGGGAGUUCCUUCUGAGAGUGAUGGCAGACAAGAUACUCCCCCGUUGUCUCACAACAGAGAGGGCAUUGCUGUCCAUACGUGUGGGUCUGGAGUCACAUGGAGGCCAGACCAGGGGGCUCUUCCUGCCUUUGAGUUCAAGGUCGAAGAUCAACAGCAUUCCCCACGUGCUCUGGGCGGCCAUGAGGAGCUGCUUCAGGGUGGGGAAGAUCCCAGAGGAUACAGUGAUGAUGAUGUCACACCCAUAGCAGAGGAACUGCCGGAGACGCCCCGUCCACAGCCAGAGAGGAGUCAGGAGUCCGGCAAGGAUGAGCUACACCACGGUGAGACCGAACCACGGCGGAGACAGCGUGAGGCAAGCGCGGAGGAAACACAGGCAAAAAGGCGCAGGGAAUUGUGGUCAGUGCAGACGGAGCGGGACCAGGAUAACCAGCCAGCAGCUAAAACCCCACUGCACCCACAGGAGACAAAACUGGAGGGGCCGGAGAAGUACCCAGAGAAAUUGAGAGAACAUGUGACAAGCUGCCAGAAACUCGCAGAAUACCUCGACAGCCUGGAGACAACCCUCAAAGCUUCUGCAGCCCAGAUCCCAACUUCGUAUAAAGCAGCCAUUGAGCAAGGGGAAAAGCAAAUGGCACUGGGAAGAGAAAUCGAUUGCAUUGAGCAGAAAGUGUUGGAGCUUAGGGACAAGGCCCAUGAUUUGGAGGGGAUCAGUGCUUCCCACAAUGAGGGAUCUGUCAGCCAGGCUGUGUCAGGACUCUCUGAGCAUUGGCUGCGUCUCCGAGAUUCGGCAAGAGAGCAGGAACUACGCUGUGCAGGCCUCAGGGAGGAAUGGAAAAGCAUCAGUGAACAGAUUGAUCGAGCCACGAUUAUCCUGGAUCACCUUCAGGAUGACCUCCCCGAUGGUCUGUGGGAACAAGCUCCAAUGUCUGAGCUGUUGGCGCUAGAGGAAUCCACUCAUCAUUACCAUGACGAUCUGUCCCACCACCAAUCAGCUCUGGGGGUACUGUUCCAGCGGGUAGCCCACAUCCUGAAUGGCCAGGAGCCACUGGACCCAGCUGCAUCAGUGCCCAUCCUUCAGGAACUGCAAAUGAUGCAGGAUCGUUGCAAGAGUCUGGUGCGGAAAAUCGAGAAGAACCAACAGGACAUUGAGGAAGAGGUACGGGAACGGGAGAAAACUCUCCGAGAGAUGAACAGCAUUGAUGAUUGGCUGCAACAAGCAAAUUCCCAGCUAGACAACACGGAAUUACACUGCGAUGGAAGGCCAGAAACCGACCUGGAGCAGCUGCGAGCAGCAGCGAAUGCACGGCGCCAGGCAAUGGCAGAGCUUAGCAGCCAGCUGAGGAACAGAUACUCGGAGCGGGACGUUCCGUCAGGGAUUGUGGCUCAUGUCCAGGGGACCAGUGCGGCACUGACAGAUGUUGAAGCCAAGCUGCAGGCACUGGGUCCCCAGGUCAGCGCGAGCCAGGAUCUGAGCCACAGGAUUGUAUCUGUAACGGCUGGACUUCACAGUGUAGAGAAGAUGCUGCAGCAGUGCUCCAAAACACAUACUGAGGCAAGGAGUCUACAAAAGAAGGUGUGGUGCGCGAUAGAUGAGUCGCACUCGGUUCUAUCGAAGCUCGAAGCCGAGGUGCAGGAGCUGGCACAGCAGGAUCCCGGGGCGGCUCAGCGGCUGAUGGAAAACCUGCUGGAACCACUGCAGCUACACCAGCUUGUAUCACACAGAGCAGAGCACACAACUGCCCUCCUCAACAAGAUUCCUGACUGCCUGGAGGAAUACAAACAGAUCACUGACUCGACACUGGUGUGGAAUGACAGUGCCGUGUCUCUGUUCUCCAACAAAACGGACUACACAUCGGCCAAGACAGUCAGUAAACUGCUCCUAGCUUUCCAGGUGCUGGCAGAGACUGGCAGACAGAAGCAGCAUGGUCUGCAAGAUGCUGAGCUCAGACUGAAGGAGCUGUCUGUGCUUUACGACAUGGAGCAGAUGAUGAAGCGACUCAGUGAGCUGCAGAAAGGAAUAUCUACCCUGCAACAAGACAUUGACCAGCAGCUGGCUAUGCUAGAACACGCAGCGAUGGAACUUGGUGAUCUGGAAUCAGAAGUGAAAAACAUUGAAAAUAAACUUUCGAAAGUUAACACCAUCCUGUCCUCGAUCAACCUGUGUGACCUCCCGAUCAUCGAGCAUUUGGAGAACAGACAGAUAAUCCUGGAGAAUCUCAAGGAGAUGAAGGAGCUGCUUGGAAUGAUGGAGCAGUGUAAGGAGACGCUGGGAAUACCACAAGAAGCAAUUUGUACAGUAGAGGUCUUCACCAAGAUUCAGCGGCUGUCUGUAGAACUCGCCCGUUUACAGGAGGUGACAAUCCAGCAAAACACCAUGUUACAGUCACUGUUGGAAAAGUUACAGGAAUAUGACACAGAGAUGGAGAGGUUACAGCAGAUGGGUGAGCUUUAUGUUGGAACACAAGGCGAGAGUCUCGCCAGUCUGACGGAGCAGAGGGAGUCACUGUUGAACAAUGCACAGGAAGCAUUCACUCGGCUUAUGCAAGAGGAACCGAAGGGUGAGAAGCUGUCUGAUGACAGCAGCAGAGAGAAACAGCAGACGCCCACAGCCCUGAACAACCUCACAACGGAUUCCAAGGUCUCCGCUGAUGGCAAGCUGCCUUUCUUGAUGGAGGAGGAUGAGGAGCCUGAGGAAGAUGAGGAUGUUGUGAGGUCAGGAGAGAGAAACCAAACCCCGGUGCCAGCAGUGGCUCCCUCGCUGUUGCUGCUGGAGGAUCUCCAUAUGUGCCAGGACCAAGUGGCUGCUCUGCAGUGUUGGUUGGACACAGUUCAGGAAUCAUUGGGAAAGUGCGCUGGGGACCAGAAGAUGCACCGGGAUGUGGAAGAGCAUCUGCUGCAGUCACGGAGUGCACUGCUGGAGAUUGAGGAGAAGGUAUGUGAACUGGCCGGGGCGGGCCAGGAAGGCACCAGCUCUAUCCAGCCUGACCUCGAGAUCCUCUCCCACCGCCUGGGGUCUUUAAAAUGCAGCCUGGUGACGUUCCAGGCUAAACUACAGGAUGGACAGGUGGGACCUGCCAAGGAGAUCAUGCCAGCUGAUGGGGCAGUCUGCCACACAUUGCCCACUGGCCAGCCAACCUCUGCUGCUAUGAAACCCAAGCUCUCGAGACAGGACAGCCUGCAGCAGCAGAAGGAACUGGAGGUAGAGCUGGUCCAACACAGACACCUCACAGAGUACAUUGCACUGCAAGUUGACAGGAUGAACCGACAGAUACACAGCAGCGAGGAGCGGGAGGCAGCUGAGCCCAUCUCCAGCCCCUCCACGGAUACCCUCCAGCUCACUGGCACAAUGAUGGCAGAACCACCAGGGGUGCCCAGCCACAGCGAUCGAGUGGCUGCAACCUGGCAAUGUCUCCAACAAGAAAUGGAGGGCCGUCUGAAGCUUCUGGAAGAUUCUCUGCAGCAAGGCUUGGGGUCACAGUUAUUGAUCACAGCUGGGACUGUACACAGUGUCCAUGGAAUCUCAUCACCGUCACCGUCACCGGCAGCAGCAGAGGAGCUGAGUAUGUUAGUAACCCAGCUCGGUCAGCUGGCUCGAGAAGCAGCUGCUAUCCCCACACAGGGGCAGGUCGGUGUGAAUCCGGGUGAGUGUGUAACGUCGGAGAAACGCUUGCAGGAUACCACUGUCCGGAUCAAUCAGUGGAUAGAUGCUGCGGAGGAAGGAAUCUGCUCUUCCAACUCGAUACCGUUUGAUGAAGCAGAAGAGCAGCUGGAGCAUCACCAGCUACUGGCAGUCACUUUGGAGAAAGUUAGCGCUGAGAUGAGCGAGCAGUGCUCUGUACUGGAACAGCCACACCAGUCCGCGGAGCGGAUUAGCCCCCUGGCCCGACAGUGUCUGGCCACUUUACAGAGUAGGCUGAAGCUGCUGCAAGCUGCAUACUCCGCAGUGGGCCAGUUACUGACCGCCAGAGUGAGAGAGAUCACCCAGUAUCAGGAUCGGCUGAGGCAGUUCGAGGCUGCCUUGUUGGAGAGGAGGAUGAAGGUUCGGAACCAAUGUGCAGCACAGAGCACCAGCGACCAACUUUGGUUGAUUGAGAAGAUGGAGUGUGAUCUGGAACCUGUUGAUGCUGAGUUACUGGCUAUGAUUGCAGAGGGACAGCAAUAUGACCUGGAGACCACUGCAACUGAGGAUCUCUGCAAGCUGCAGGAGAUCCUCACUGGUAUUCGCGCGUGCCUGAGCGAACGCUGGGGACAGGUCCAGCAAACCACAUUGGUCCCCAGUCAGUAUGAGAGGCUGCUGCAGGCUCUCCUGGGCUUGGUCAACGAUGGACAGGAGAAGCUUUCCCAGGGGACGAGACUCCUCUCCAAAAACAUUGGUGACCUACAGAGCCAGCUACAGAGCCAUAAGCUUUUCUUCUCUAGGCUGGCAAAUCAUCUGAUUUUGGUGGACCAGUUUUCUCAGAAUGUUCCAGAAUUUACCAUCACUCGCAACAGGGACCUGUGGCUGGAGCUGGUUGAGGGAGUGUCUGCUCUGCAAGCACGGGCUCUGGUUCAUGGAAUCCGGCUGGAAACUGCUGCCCAGGCCUGGUCAGAAUUUGAGGUGGACCACUCCUCCCUGAUGAAGGAGCUGGAGCUGUUGAAGUCUGCAGUCCCGACCGUUGGACUCGUGGAAGAGACAGAGGAGAGAUUGUCUGAACGUGUCAGCUCCAUUCAGAUAAUUAGGAGCAGCCUUAGUGGGAUGCAGGCCCGAGUGGAGCAGAGCCUGAGCAGUGGGCAGGCUCUCCUGGGUGUUGUGAGCUGCCCAGAGCUGGGUGCCCAGAUCCACAACCUGGAGGAAAGCUGGUUCUCCCUGAACAACCAGGUCAAUCACCAACUGCAUCGACUGGAGAAGCUUCUAGAACACUGCACACGGUUUCAGCACCAGAGCUACCAGGUUUGCCAGUGGUUGGCCUCGGCCCGGAACAGUGUGAGUUACUGGGAGCAGGAGUCUGUCAGCCUGCCCUCGAGCCCAGAGUCCAGCGACAACCAGCUCAAACUCUUCCUCGAAUUCUGGAAGGAGGUUAAUGGCAUGUCCUCUCCGAAGAGUGCAGUGAUGAGCACAGGGACCCAGCUGCUGGCGCUGAAGCAGGCUGAGAGUGGUGCCCUCCGAACACACUUGGCACAGCUUGAGCAGGAGUGGGCAUAUCUCGUCGCCCAGCUGCCGGGCAUCCAGGAAAAACUGCAUCAGCUCCAGGUGACUGUGUUACCCUCACGGCAGGCUAUUGCCCAGCUGACAGCAUGGAUCCAGGAUGCAGGGAGCUCAAUGCAGGAGAAUGGGCCAUUGACCCAACCCCUGGAUAGCAGCUCUCGGGUGAAGCUCCUGCUGCAGAAGUACAAGGAUUAUCAGAUGGAAGUGAACUGUCGGCAGCUCAUGGUGGAUUUUGUGAAUCAGUCAGUGCUUCAGAUGAGCAGUCAGGACGUGGAGAGUGAUCGCUACGAGAGGACAGAGUUUGCGGAGAGCCUGGGAGCUCUGAACUUCCGGUGGCAGAGACUGACCCAAGAUCUGAGCAGGAAGAUCCUCGACUUGGAGAUGCUGUUGGAAUCCUGGACAGAAUACGAGCGCAGUGUGAAGUCCGUGGCUAGUUGGCUCGAGGUGCAGCAGGACCGACUCAGUAAGAAUCGGGAAGCCUGCAGCCAGACAGCAAUAGGAAAGGCACUGACCGACUGCCAGGAACUCGGAGAGGGCCUGAAAGUGAAGGAGGUGGAGUUGGAAACACUGAGACAGACAGUUCCGCAGGUGAUAGAGAGCGGUGUCCCAGAAACGCCAACCAGUGUCACACAAAAACUGGACAAACUGCAGGACUCACGGAGGCAGCUGGACGCUGAGGUGAGCCAGCUUCAGUCCAUUCUCAUCUUCCGACAGCAGCUGUGGGGAAUGUACCAGGACUCGUACGAGCAAAUUAACGGGAACAUUCUGAAGGCUCGCUACACCUUGGAGCACUGCACACCUCUCUACAGUUCAUUGGAAUCUGCCAAGAUUCAGCUGGAGAGCUUACAGACUCUGCAGGUCAGGCUGGAAGGCGGUGAGGAGAGCUGGAGAAAAUUCCAGGAGGUUUCGCAGAACCUGAGGCAGGAAUGCUGUCCUGCACUAGCACAGCAGCUAGACAAUAGAUGUGACGACACCCACAGCAGGUGGAUCCACGUUCAGCAGGAGAUUACAGAGCAGCUUCGCUCAGCAGGGACUCUGUGCCAUCUCUGGCAGCAGUUUGUUGAUCAUUACCAUCGCACCUCGGCCACGCUGCGGACCUUAGAGGAGCGCUGCUGCCCGCUGCUGCCUGAGAUUUCACCGGAGGACGGUAACCUCGAGAAACUGCAAUCCCGGCUCACGCAGACUCAGGAAUCGCUGGGUGAGCUCCGUACUCUCCGGGAGGAGGCUUCCCAGGUCGAUGCUGCCGCCGAGGGACUGAGGCGAGGACUAGACGCAUCUUCAUCUGCAGCGCUGCAAGCAAAUCUUCACAACCUGUCGGGAAGGGCGUCCCACCUGGAAGCACUUCUAUCCGUGAAAAUUCCAGAAAUUCAGGGCCUGAUGGAGCAGCACGAGGAAUUCCAGCAGGGUUUAUGGGCCCUGGAAACGCUGGUGAAUGAGUCCGAAGAGGUUCUGAAAUCAAAUGACUUCAGCCCUGAGAAACCGGAACCUUUCUGCCUCGAGAUAUUGAAGGCUCAAACGCUGAGAUUGAGCGGCACCUUGCAGCACCUGGAAGCUUUGAAACGUCUGAGCUGCCGUCUGCCGCUCGACGGCCUGGAUUACACACGGUUUCAGGCCCUGAACCGCCGAUGGUGCCUGGCUCGUGCGACAGCUGUGGACCGCUGCAGUAAACUACAGGCCAUUAUGCUGCAAGAAGAGAGCUUCAGUCAGAAGUGUGAGCACUGGAGGCAGUUUCUGGAGAGGAUGGAGGAGGCACUGAUGAUCGAUGUUGCUGGCAGCUAUGAGGGUCUGAAAGAACAACAGAAAACCCACGAGCUUUUUCAGGCAGAGGCUUCAAUAGCACACCAGAUCCUUGAUUCAAUCAUUCAGGAGGCCUACCAUCUGAUUCCAAGCAGUGAUGCCCAGGACAGAAGGACCUUUGUCCUGAAUCUCUCAGCGCUGAAGGAACGUUGGUGCAGAUUGGUCCAGAAAGUCUGGCAACGCCAACACCUCAUCACCACUCUCACCAACCAGUGGUGUCGUCACGGCAACUCUGUGGCCAGAAUCCGUAAGCUGCUCACCGACACCUCAAACAAACUGCAGGCCAUGGGCGAUCUACGCAGUUACAGCCUGCACCAGCUCUGGAUGUUGCUUGAGGGUGUGAAGCACCAAGGUAGGAAACUCCAGCAGUUGGAGCCGCGCAUGAUGCGGGCCCUAGAGGUGGGGAAAGAGCUCGAGGCAGCAGCUGAUUCUUCCACACAGGCAUCGCUCCAGGACCAACUGUGCCAGCUCCACGAUGCCUGGGACUCCACCAACCUACAGCUCACAGACACAAGGGACAAACUGACCAACAUCAUCAAGAUGUGUGACAGAUGUGGGGAGGAGGUAACCGUAUUGGGUCUCAAACUCCAAGAAUUCAGAACAGAUUUGAAACGGGAGCUGCCCUGCUCCAGUGAGGACCUACAAAAAGAGCAAAAUAAACUUCAGCAGGAGCUGGGAGGGCCGAUGCGAUGCUGGGUGAAGGGGCUUGCCGAGUUGAGCACCGUGAAAGUAGCACUUGGCAAAUACCUUAUUCCGGAUGCGGUGAUUGGAUUCCAGGAGCAAGUAGCAAUCCUGGAGAGCCAUUGGGAACUACUGCAGCUGUCUGCGUCCUUGCGAACACUGGAAAUAAGUGACCAGCUCGAGCAGUGGGUCGUGUUUAACACCAAGAGCAAGCAUCUGGAAGACUGGCUAAAACAGAUGGAAGAUCGAGUCUCACAGAGCACAGACAGUGGGGUCGAGGAGAUGAUUGAGAGACUCCAGAAGGAUUGUAUGAGGGAAAUAAAUCUCUACAACAGGAACAAGGCACAGCUGAAACAGCUGGGGAGUGAUCUGAUCAAAGCCAGCAGCCCAUCUAAGGCAUCGGAGAUCGACAACAAGCUUAAUCUCAUCAGCAGGAACUGGCAACACCUCCUCGAAGUCAUUGAGGCCAGGGUGAAGAAAUUGAAGGAGACUCUGUGCUCCGAGCAGCUCCUGGACAAGGAGAUGAGUAACCUGCGGACCUGGCUCUCUCGCAUUGAGUCUGAACUUUCCAAGCCCGUCAUUUACAACAUCUGUGACGAUCAGGAAAUUGAGAAGAAACUAGCUGAGCAGCAGGAGCUGCAGAGGGACAUUGAGCAGCACAGUGUGGGUGUGACAUCGGUGCUGAGCCUGUGUGACAGCCUUUUGCUUGACACAGACACAGAGUCAGAAUGCGACUCCAUACAACAGACCACGCGGAGCUUGGACCGCAGGUGGCGCAACAUCUGUGCCAUGUCAGUGGAACGCCGAAUGAAGAUCGAGGAAACAUGGAGACUCUGGCAGAAGUUUCUGGAUGACUAUUCUCGAUUUGAUGACUGGCUGAAAGUUGCCGAGAGGACUGCAGCGCAUCCCAACUCCUCACAGGUCCUGUACUCCCUCGCCAAGGAGGAGCUGAAAAAGUUUGAGACCUUCCAGAGACAGAUUCAUGAGAGCCUGACGCAGUUGGAGCUGAUUAAUAAGCAGUACAGACGGCUGGCCAGAGAGAACCGCACCGAUUCCUCCAGCCAGCUCAAGCAGAUGGUUCAUGAGGGGAACCAGCGCUGGGACAUCCUUCAGAAACGCAUCGCUGCCAUCUUACGCAGGCUGAAGCACUUUGUCAAUCAGAGGGAAGAGUUUGAGAGUUGUCGGGAAUGUAUCCUGGUGUGGCUCACUGAAAUGGACCUGCAGCUGACCAAUGUCGAGCAUUUCUCAGAGAGUGACAUUGAUGACAAAGUACGGCAACUGAAUGCCUUUCAGCACGAGAUCACCCUCAACACCACCAAGAUUGACCAGCUGAUUGUCUCCGGUGAGAAGCUGAUCUGGAAGAUUGAGCCAAUGGAUGCGAUUGCUAUUGAGGAGGAGCUUGAGGAGCUCCAUGCCUACUGCCAGGAGGUGUUUGGCCGGGUCGCCCGCUUCCAUCAGAGGCUCAUGUCCAAACAGCCGAUGAAUGAAGAGAAGGAGGAUCUGUCUGACAGGGAGGCUGACACUGAUGAUGGGGCUGAGCUACGCAAUGCGAGCUGGCGGGAUAAGGCUGAUGGCUCUGAGCUGUCCGCUCAAGGGGCUUUGUGUCAACUGACUCUGCCAGGGGAGCCACAGCAACAUGAGCGAUCAGGGGGUGUGACCCCAGUCAGUGUGGACUCCAUCCCCUUAGAGUGGGACCACACGGUGGAUGUCGGAGGAUCGUCCUCGCAUGAAGAUGAAGAUGAUGGCUUGUAUUUCAGCAAUUUAUCAGAUGUACAAAUCACAGAAAGCCCCGAGGCCUGUGUCAAAAUGACAGAGAGCACAUUGAGAACUUCAGCUGGGAACGUGGGUCCCGAUGCCAUCCCUUGGCACCCGGCCCCCAGCCCCGAGGGCAGCAGGAGGUGUCAGUACCAGCAGACGGGGAUCGCCAUUGGACAGCAUGUGCCUAGCAGUGGCCAAAGCUUGGACCGCAGUCAUGGUGACAGCUAUGCGUCACUGCAGUCAGAUGGUUCCGGAAACAAAGUUAGUGCCAGGCGAGCAGAGAUAUCGCAGCAGCCAGAGCUCGCAGACUCUGAGCAAACGCCAGCAAGCAUUGCCCACUGGCGCCUCCUCAAUGCCAAGGCCUUGAGCGAGGAGCUCGUCAUCAAACAGAACUUACAGCAAUGGCAGCAGCUGAACUCCGACCUGGACGAUAUCUCCUGGUGGCUGGCCCACAUCGAACCCACCCUCAACCAGGCCCUGGGCCUGCAGCCUUCACCCCAGCUUGCAGCCAUCGAGGAGAAACUGCGGGGACUGCAAAACAUCCAGAAGGAGCUUGACAAGUAUAAAGCCCUGGUCAUCUCUGCCAACCUGAGUAGCCGGGAGUUCCUGCAGACAGACAGUGCUGAGGCCCAGGAGCUACAGGCGAAACUACACCAGGUGAAUGGGAACUGGAACAGGACAGCACAGAGACUGGAGCAAUGGAGAGCAUCCUUGCGGAGUGCCCUGACUGGCUGCCAGGAUUUCCAUCGUAUCAACCAUUCUCUCGUGAUGUGGCUGGCUGAAUGUGAGAGGCGGCGAGGCUUGGUCCAGCUCAGUAACCCAGGACUCAGCCUGCACACCCUGACACAGCAUCGCAAGACACUGAUGGAUCUGGAGGCAGAGAUGUUGGAGAAACGGCCACAAGUGAACACCCUGCAGGAAAUCUCUGAGCAGCUGCUGGAGAGCGGGGAGGGAGCUGCCUGUGAUGAGGCCAAUGAGAAGGUCCAUGUGAUUGGGAGGAAGCUGAAGCUGCUACUCGGAGAGAUCACCGCUGACCUACAGACUGUCAACGAGAGGCUGGACGUGGGCUCUGUGAUCUCUGCUGAUGAGUUGGAUUUUCCCACUGCUCCGAUGGGCUGCACUCCUCUCCCACCCCAAGUGGAUCGGAGAGAGGUCCGAAUGGAUAGAGCAGCUGUUCCCUCAUCAACAAAGCGGUUUGAUGGAGAGGUUGUGACCCAGGCGAAGGAUGUCUCAAAAGCUGGAUCCUUUCUGUCCAGGGUUUUGCGGGUGGCAGUUCCCCUACAGCUCCUCAUCCUCCUGCUGUUACUCCUGGCCUGCCUUGUUCCUUUCACCCAGGAGGACUACAACUGUGCCUUGGCAAACAACUUUGCACGCUCCCUGUAUCCAAUGCUGCGAUACACCAAUGGCCCACCACCAACAUGACCCUCCAUGGCUUCCACUGCCCCCUCAACACCCUCUGUCCCAGCCUGACCGCCUUAACCCCUGCCCCCACCCCACCCUACCCACGCCAUUAGUUAUCGGCUGCAGUCUCUUUAGUAAUAACAUUCUCUGCAAAGUGUUUUCCUAAUAACCUGUUGUUACCAAGACUGUUACAAGCCUCUCCUUUCUGCGGGUCAGCUUUCCCUUUAUAUUUUAGUGGCCCUGCUGCCUGUGAGUGGAGCCGAGGUCACUGACCACCGGUGGGUGGAAGAUCCUUACCCCCACACCACCUCCAGUGCAUUAUCCCCAGCCAACUCUGCAGGAUCUCACCCGAGAUGUGGCUCAGGACUCCAGGCACUCCCUUUCUGAGUCCCUUUUGCACAUGGCCCACACACUCACUCUCACCCCCUCCCCUGCAUCCACGCUCUCCCCUAUUCCCGCUUUGUGUCCCAUCCACCCCAGGUCUCCCUCCUCCCUCUCUAUAAAAUCCCCCUCCUUCUCCACUCUUUCUCUACACCAAUUCUCAUUCAUUCCCUAUUCCCUGCCUUCCAUGUUUAACCUCCACCCUCUGGUACUCCACCCUUUCCCAGGCUGGGACUUCCUCCAUUAUGAAGCAGGGAUCUGGUUAAGUCUUGAUUUUAAUAUUCAGCCAACACUGGUCAGUUUGAAUUUGGGAAGUGAAUAUUUUGGAACUAAACAAUGUAAAUAUAUUUGUAUUACAAUGUGUGGGAUUCACAACCCUAUUUCCUUACUGCAUGAUGUAUAAAUGUAACCCUUUCUGGGAUGUUUUGUCAAUUAUGAAAACUGUAGAACAGCUUCAGGGAACUUUACAAUCUGGAAUAUAUUAUUGAGAGUGAGAGCUAUUUCUAUAUUGUACAGUAGACUGUGAUUUUUAGUUGGGGCGGGAAGGGGGCGGUCCUGUGAAAUGAACAGGAUUGCCAGGAGGUUUAAGCUGUAUGUUUAUUGAAUUAAUUUCUGAUCAUGAGGUGAUACAUUGACACAAUCAGGUUCCUGCACCAAACAGCAGCUUCUAUUUGCAUUCAAUCAAAAUAAAUUUGGAACUUUAAUCUCAACAGACUCAUUGAUGAGGAAAAAAUCAUCUUUGAUCUUAUUGUACAUUUCACCAGUUCAGGAACUCUGUGCCGUGAGGUGUAGAUGUUGUAAUGCAGGGUACCCAUUUUACACCCAACAAGCUCACUCAAACAGCAAUGUGACAACAACGGGAUCAUCUGUUUUACUGCAGUUGUUUAAAGGAAAUCUAUUCAAUGAGACACUGAAUGGUGAUUCACUUGCUUUAUUCCAAAACAUAUCGUGCUACAUUUUUCAUCAAUCUGAUUGGUAGAAAUGAGUGCUCACUUUAGUGAUACCAAAAAUAGUGCCCGCUCCCUCAGCACUGACCCUCCGACAGUGCGGCGCUCCCUCAGCGCUGACCCUCCGACAGUGCGGCGCUCCCUCAGCGCUGACCCUCCGACAGUGCCCACUCCCUCAGUGCUGACCCUCCGACAGUGCCCACUCCCUCAGCGCUGACCCUCCGGCAGUGCCCACUCCCUCAGCGCUGACCCUCCGGCAGUGCCCACUCCCUCAGCGCUGACCCUCCGACAGUGCCCACUCCCUCAGCGCUGACCCUCCGGCAGUGCCCACUCCCUCAGCGCUGACCCUCUGAGAGUGCCCACUCCCUCAGCGCUGACCCUCCAACGGUGCGGCACUCCCUCAGCACUGACCCUCCGACAGUUCCUUCAGGUGGAGAGGGGUCCCUGUGCCCCAGUGAGAGUCGGCACCUUCAGGAGGGGAGGGGGACACUGUAUCCCAGUGAGAGUCAGCACCUUCAGGACGGGAGCGGGACCCUGUGUCCCAGUGAGAGUCAGCGCCUCCAGGAGGGGAGGGGGUCCCUCUAUUCCCGUGAGGGUCAGUUUAAUCAGGAGACACAGAGAAGAGUGAAAAUGAAGCUGCUUUUGGACAAUGUAGGUCAAGACACAGUCUGUCUUUGAGGCAAAGCCGCAGUUCUACAUUAACUAAUGUAUCUCUCUGUUAAUUUAUGGCAAUGCUUCCCAGACCUCUCAAUGUGCCUUUACGUCUAUAAUCUGUUUGAAUUUUAUUAAAUAAUGAAAAUAG